GUUUCUCAAGCGGAGCUGUGUUUUAUUUAAGCCGAAUGGACCCCCGGGCUGUUUUGUUGGUGUUUUUCUGCUUUCCGCUCGUGAACGUGCGCUCUGAAGUGCAGAAAGAUUUUUCAGAAGAAUGCCGUAAAUUCAUGUAUAUGGGCACCCCGCCGCGGGGUCUGGAGAACCACUACCUUAAAAAGAUCUGUCAGCGUUAUAACGGCAAGCCCCGGUAUGUCACUCUGUAUGAUGUGGUGGAUCACAUUCCGGUUUAUUCCGCCUACACCUUCAAACGCUCCGACGGCUCCAAGAAGGUCGAUGUUCCCUGGAUGUUCGAGCCGCAGCUCUCUACAACAUCGGACUCUGGUGAAAUGCAGGCUUUCCCUCCAAAUGUCCACGGCAGUUUUUCAGACACCCAGGCUGUUUUGGAGGACUAUUCAAAUAUUGUCGAAUUCGAGCGAGGUCAUCUGAACCCCGACGAGCACCAGGCUCAUCCCGAUGACAAGGCGGCCACAUACACUCUCACCAAUGUAGUCCCACAGGUUCGUGAGUUCAACAUCGGCCACUGGAAACGACAUGAGCACAUCAUCCGCCGGCGACUCAACAACUACUGCCGCGGUACAGCCUACAUAGUCACAGGGGUCACCACGUCCGGCAGGAUGAUCCGUAGGUACAACAUCAACCGAGUGGCCGUUCCUACUUACCUGUGGUCAGCGUACUGCUGUGUCGACUAUGAUCAUAAUGCCCCAUUUGACGAGCGAUCAAAAUUCCCAGCCUACGCAUCCCAUGGCCUCAAUGAGAAAGAAGCACCGGAGGUCAUAGAGAUGUCCGUGCAGCAGCUGGAAGAUUUCUUGAAGAGGAACACCUUUGUGGACAAGAAGUUUCAGCUUUUUUAUGAGAACUGUGACCCUAAGGAAUAGUGACAGGCCACGCUAAAGCUCAAAGUGUACUUUGGAUUUUGAUGUACAUGUUAGACCAGUCUGAUCUCACGAGGAAACGUAACUAUUUUAAAUUUUGUCAGUUUAGUGGCUAAUUCAUACAACGUCCUACAAGUUCAGUCAUAUGAAAAUGUAAGAUUUUAAAAAGGAAGCAUGGCACCCAACCCCAUCUCUAAACCCAACCAUCACUGGGGGAUGAGCAAAUCUUACUAAAUGAGAUCGACAAAUUUAAAUAAGUUAGCCACUAAAUUAAUAAAGUUACGAAUUGCCGUGAGAUUGUUUUGGUUAGACACACACACACACACUAGAAUGAUUUAUACUUGUACAAUGUUUGCACUUUUUCAUUUCGAAAGUUAUGAGCAACAGAAAUGUCUUUGUAUUUUGCAGAUGUCUUGUAAUUGUAAAGGCAUACUUUUGUCAUCUUCAGUAGUAUGAUGCAGUUUUUCUUUUUAUUUCCUCAGUUUGUUUACGACUGCUUAACAACAGCCUGGUUCAGUUUUGACACAUUGUGGACCAAUUUUGGUGUUACAAUUUCAUUGUAAAAUCAAUUUAAAGCUGCAUGGCCAUGAAUGUAAACCACUGCAUGUCUAUAGUCUGUGCAUACUGUUGUCUACAUGUGAAAACUUUGGUAUACUUUGGGCUUUAGCUGAUUUGUCUAUCUGGUUGAAUAUAAAUGUAAGUGUUCUGUACACUGAAUACUUUGCCAUUCACUUUUAAGUUAAAACUUCCAAUUAGAACCAAAAAGGAAUUAGAAUCUAGUGAAAGAAAAAGACCAUCUGUGCAGCUACCGUUUAAAAGUUUGGGGUCAGCAAUAUAUAUUUGUCUAUUAUUUUCAACAGGAAUUGUAUUUGAUUUGAAAGCUUUUUGAGUAUUUUAUUUUCACCAGGGAUUUUAUUUGAUUAUAUUUUAUUUUAAUACCCUUUGAACACAUUUUAGGGUUCUUAGAUAAAAAAAUUUAUUUGAAAACCUACUGUAUUUUACGUUAUUUUAGUCUUGAAUUAAAAUUGAGAAGAAUUCCCACUAGUUAAUUUAAAAAAGGUAUUCUAAAAUAAUAACAUUGCAAAUGGCAUUGAAAUGAACCUAUAAAAUAAAAUGUAAAUAAAAAUCCUUUGAAAAAUUCUUGAAAAUAACUUUGCUGCACUGCAUCCUUGAUGAAAAGGAUAAAUAAAUGAAUACUGUAUUUCUAACUUAACCCAAACUUUUGAACAGUAGUGUAUGUGCUUAAAAGAACCCAGAAACCAGUAUAUCAAAGAACUCAAAGUCAAAUAAAACAGUAAAAGUCAUUGGCUUUAACAUUAUUUAUCUUUCAUUUUGUUUGUUUCAUCUAAAGAGAAAAAUCUGUAUACAUUUCUUAACCUCAACUGUUAAAUGAAGAUCUAUUUUCACCUUUAUUUUGUCAAAAUUGGACAGAGAGCCCAGAAAAUAGUGAUGAAAUAAGAUCGAUUUAAUGGCCAUAAUUAUCGGUGGCCUUGGGGGCUUUAUUAGGUCCAUUAACUUGUUUAUGAAACUGCAACAACUGAUCUUUUCUCAUUUGGUAAACAUGUUUACAGCAAUUUGUCUGAAUACUGUAACUCAUCUCAAAUAAAAAAAUGGCCACUUCA